UACAUCCACUUCAACGAAGACAAGCGCGCGCUCAUUUCACAGUUCCAGGCUUCUCAAGUCCAAUAUAGAAGAAUAUGGAGUCCCCACCGGAUCCUGCAAGCGACCCGGGCAACAGCGGUUCUGAACCGGCUACUCCUGGAAUGGACACGCCGGUUAACCCGAACACCCUUCGAAAGGACGAGCACCAGCCACCUAUGAGACGACAGAGUUGUUCUAGCACCAAUAAAGGUGUCUCAUCAGCAAAGAAGACACAUACAUCUCAAAUUGAAAUAAUCCCUUGCAAGAUCUGUGGAGAUAAAUCAUCAGGGAUCCACUAUGGCGUGAUCACCUGCGAAGGAUGCAAGGGCUUCUUCAGGAGGAGUCAGCAGAGUAAUGCUGCCUACUCAUGCCCGCGCCAGAAGAACUGUCUCAUCGACCGCACCAGCCGCAACCGCUGCCAGCACUGCCGGCUGCAGAAAUGCCUAGCGGUGGGCAUGUCCCGAGAUGCGGUCAAGUUUGGCCGCAUGUCCAAGAAGCAGCGCGACAGCCUGUACGCCGAAGUCCAGAAGCACCGCCUCCAACAGCAGCAGCAGCAGCAGAGGGACAGCCACAGUGGUGGGCCCCACCUCCACACCAGCCACCCCCACCUCCACAGCCAAGCGCCGGGGGAGGCCGAGCCCCUCACCCCCCCCUACGGCCUCACGUCCUCCACGGGCCUCACCGAGCUCCAUGAUGAGCUGGGGGGCUACAUGGACGAGCAACACACCCCCGAGGGGAGCUCUUCCCUGGGCUCGUCCAAGGGCGACUCUGGCGGGGGCGGAGGAGGAGGCGUGGGCGGGUUCUACCUGGACAUCCAGCCCUCCCCGGACCAGUCGGGGCUGGACAUCAACGGGAUCAAGCCCGAGCCCAUCUGUGAUUACGGCUCGGCCAACGGCUUCUUCCCUUACUGCUCCUUCACAAACGGAGAGACUUCUCCUACCGUGUCCAUGGCUGAGCUUGAACACCUGUCCCAGAACAUCUCCAAGUCCCACAUGGAGACGUGUCAGUACCUGAGAGAGGAGCUGCAGCAGAUGACCUGGCAGGCCUUCCUGCAGGAGGAGAUGGAGAACUACCAGAGCAAGUCCCGCGAGGUCAUGUGGCAGCUGUGUGCCAUCAAGAUCACGGAGGCCAUCCAGUACGUGGUGGAGUUCGCCAAGCGCAUCGACGGCUUCAUGGAGCUCUGCCAGAACGAUCAGAUUGUGCUGCUGAAAGCAGGUUCAUUAGAGGUGGUGUUUGUCAGAAUGUGCCGUGCCUUCGACUCACAGAACAACACCGUCUACUUUGACGGGAAGUACGCAGGGCCAGAUGUCUUCAAAGCAUUAGGUUGUGACGAUUUGAUCAGCUCCGUCUUUGAGUUUGCCAAGAACAUGUGCGCGAUGCACCUCUCCGAGCACGAGAUCGCCUUGUUCUCCGCAUUCGUUUUGAUGUCGGCAGAUCGGUCAUGGCUCCAAGAGAAAGUCAAGGUGGAGAAGCUUCAACAGGAGAUUCAAUUGGCACUUCAACACGUCCUUCAAAAGAACAACAGAGAAGACGGUAUACUCACAAAGUUAAUAUGUAAAGUGUCCACCUUGCGGGCCCUGUGCAGCCGGCACACAGAGAAGCUCACAGCGUUCAAGGCGACGUACCCGGACAUUGUGCGAGCUCACUUCCCCCCCUUAUACAAGGAGCUGUUCGGCUCAGACUUUGAACAGGCCAUGCCCCUGGACGGCUAGCCGGUGAAACACAUGCUGUGCUGCGCGGUGGUGUUUUACCAUACCGGACCGUACUUUAACGGACAGAACAUGGUUUAAAGAGAGAGAGACACUGAUGGUGACCCAGAGCUUUUUUUGAACAGCUGGCUCGCUGCUGAAAAAAAUGGAGGGAUGGUUUUUACUCAUCUGUUUGAGUUGUGUUCAUCUUUCUUCACCUCUACCUUGCUUUGCCCCAUCCUGGUGGAUGAGUUGGAUAGGUUGGAAAGGAUAAAGGAGGAGGGGACGCAAGUCGCGCACACACACACACACACACACACACACACACACACACAGUACAUAUAUUCUGUUAGAUCGAACCUAGCCCACUUGCAUCUGUGUAUUGUUCAUUUUACGAUUUUAAUAGCUUAUAACUGCAGAUUGAGAAAAUAUAAGUGAAUGUCACUUGAAAAUCCAACUGGGUUCUUCUUGUUAGUUUCUUAGUAGAUUUUUUUCAAGCUAUUUGGGUUUUUAAUUGCCAACUCUCCAAUUAGGCAAUACAUGAGAAAAGAAAAUGAGUGAUAAGAUAAAGCUACAGUCUGAAGAUGUGACCCAAACCUAAGGCACUUAUAGACAGAUUAAUAAGACUUAAUUUUGUGUGGUUGGUUGUUGUGGGUUAGGGUCAGUUCAAACCUUUUCUUUUUGUUUAAUUUGAUCAUCAGUCUGUACAGAACACAGUUUAUUGGUUGCUGAUUCACAGCUGUAGACGAUGCAGAUUCCCUCAGAAUAGCUACUCCUGGACCAGCCGUCCACUCGGGGUCUCUGUAGGGAUCUGGGCAUACAUCAAUACUCAUCACCUUUAGACCACCUGCUAUGAAACCCCUCACCGCAAGAGUGGAAAUUAGAGAAAAUCUAGCUCACCAACCUCAAUACCAGGAAUCCAUUCCUUUCAGUAACUAUGUCCUAUGUCCUACAGGGUAUCUUGCCCAUAAGUACAAACUAUAAAUACAAAAUGAGUCAAUGUAAUGAAAUAAUAAUGUUUUAGAAUCUAUUUUGAAGAACUUGUAUUAUAGCGGUUGUGCACUUAUUGCAGAAUUUUACCAGGCACUUUUGGACCUGUCUUUAAUUUAUGAAGAAUUGUGUAUAACUUGGGUUUUUGAAGUGUUGCAUGUUCAACAUCAAACACAGAUGUAUCAGACAAAUGUGUCCUUCUAUGCUGGAAUCAUGAAGUGAAUUAGCAAGUUUAAAUAAGCAAUAUUGUUACGAUCAUGUAGACUCUCCCAUCAACACCUAAUAUUUUCUUUCAAAUUAUUUUUGUUCACGUUUUACCUUGAUUUUAUAAAUCUACCUCUCAUUGCCUAACCAAUUCAAUCAGUGUCACUGCACACACUGCACUAAAACACAACAAUACAAUUUAAUCAGCCUAGGCCUGCAUUUUCCUGAUACAUCUAUAUACCCAUAGAUACAAAAUGUUGCUAGACCUACUGAAGUUUCUGGCGAAUAAGCGUCAAGAUCUAUCAAAUCAUUGCAUGCAUUGGCUAUCCAUCAGCUCCACCUCGUGGUCAACAAGAAAACAGUACGAUUGAGUCUAACUCUUCUCAUCAGAUUCUUUCAUAUCCAUACAGAUCAAUUCGAUCUCUUUAAGAUUCAUCCCCAUAAAACCCAUCCUUUCUUCUACCUUUUGUGUCUCACCCUUUAAUAUAUAAGUAACAUUUGUGUAUUUCCAUCUUUACAGUCUCAACAGUCACCAUAUUCAGUUUUUGAAAAGGCACCAAAGCACUGGUCUGUGGUCAGCUCUGGGAGGUUUAUCUGUCAGGCUUGAAUAAAGUAGGGGUAGGGCUCAAGAAAUACCAGAUUUGCUCUAACAGAAAAAACAUAAAUAAAAGGGACCCUUAGACCCAGAGAGAACAAUAGAAAACAAGUGGUGGUGUGCUUGCCAUGGUGACUCUUACUGUUUCCCCAGUUUCUCACAUAACACUGGUCAUUUCAUGGAUUAAAACACAAAAUGGAGGGAGGAGUGACAAAAACCGAAGCCUUGUCUGGUGGUGAAAGUCUUUUAAGUUGAUUUCCCCUCAGAAGAGGCAAAACCAACAACUUCUAAGCACUUGGCAUUUAUCUGCAACCAAGUGCUAUGGAUGUGUUGGUUUGAAGGAAGGUUCAUCAGAUGAGGAGCUCACAUUUUAUCCAUGUAGCUGAUUGUUUGAUGUUAUUUUUUGAGGACAGGGUUUUACACAAAUUAUGUAUGUAUGUAUGUAUGUAUGUAUGUAUGUAUGUAUGUAUGUAUGUAUGUAUGGGUGUAUGGGUGUAUGGGUGUAUGGGUGUGUGUAUGGGUGUGUGUAUGCUUGAGGACAUUCCAGAACAUACAGAAGCAGUGGUUGGAGUAGCUGCGCUUUGCCUGAACUGUGUUUUUGUAUAUUUGUAUUUUUUUGCACAGCAAGGUCAUUCCUCCAUUGCGCAAUACAACCAUGCAAUUUGAUACUAUCCCUCAGGGAACAUUUAAGCUGUGUACACCAUUUUAGGUUGAUUUCCACAUUUUACAUUUGGUUGAGAACAGUCUACUUAAUAUGCAGAACCCAUGUAGCUUUAAAAAAUAGAGAACAGUAAAGAACAGGUUCCAAUCCGUAUUGGAUUCAGCAUAUUGUCCUAAUUUAUUUGUAGGUAUGAAGUCAUCAAAACCUUGGAGGCCCAAAACCAAUUAAAUUAUACUUUUUCACCGCCACAUUUUCCACAAUGCAUUUAGUAAAGCAGAUAACUACAUCGGGUUAAAUUGUAUAUUCACUAAUAAUAAUAAUAAUAAUAAUAAUAAUAAUGGAUCCCAAAGGCUUCAUCAAAUUUCAAAGAAAGCUAAACUUGCACUAUGAUACCACAACCGUGGAUUAUUUGAUUAAAAUAAAAAGAAAUACACUAACUCAGGGAGAAUUUGAAGUUUAAGUUUAAGUAAGUAAGAAGUUCAGUAUUAAGAGCUUGGCCCAAUGUCUAGCAAUGUACUGAAGACCAGAAGGGUGUCUUAAUCUUAUCUGCAUGCUGACUUACUGACUAAUACUAUACAGUGUAUUCUGUAGUCUGUGCCAAGUUGCCGCAUUCUGGGGUUGAUUUCUAGAGAUCAAUAACAAAUGCUAGGAAAGUAAUUGAGGCACUUAAGAUCCAAAGGUGGAUCCAAAGUAUUUCACAGUAUAAAAUAGCAAUUGACCCAGGGUUGCAUAGAAGAUAUGCAAAUAGAUAACAGUAUUAGUCAAAGAAUGAGACAUAGUGUGCACAAUAUCACGUCCUUGCAUCAGUUAUUGACAAUAUCAAGCAAUAAUGGCUGGUAACAAAUCAAUAGAUGUUCAUAUUACUCCUUUGUUUGACUGGAGGUUUCUGAAGUUCUGAUAUAGUUGGUCUCUUGAGUUACACCUGUUCCUCUAGGUGACUGCAGUGUGUGUGCUUGUUUGUGUGUGUGUGUGUGUGUGUGUGUUUGUGCGUACUUGCCUGUAUACCGUAUGAGAAGCUUACAUUUCCCUCCUCUGUUGACAUAGAGAUCCAGACAAGGCUUGUAUUCAGGACCGCUUGGUUAAAUAGAAGAAGACCGUCUGUCUUUCCUCCUAACUUUCUUUUGUUUCCCUCUCCAUUACACUUCUAUCUUGAUGACAACUUUCUCAAGUUUCAAAGCACAUAAAUGAAAGAGCAUUUUUAUUUCACAAAUAAAGAAAGUAACUUAGCCAUAACAGAAUGUCAAGCAAUAAUGCAAAUCUACCUUUUUCUCUCUUUUUUGUAUAGUUAAAUUGCAUGUCUGUGCAAAUUUUUAUUUAUCACAUUUAAAUUGUAUUUUUUAUUCUUGUCCUUAUUUUGAACUCAGUGUUUGCUUCAUGUACGGUAUAUUGAUUGGUUCUGUUCUGAGAACUAUGAACAUGAGCAGGAUGUACAUACACAGUACAUCACCCUCCUCUUCAUCUCCACUAUUAUUUGAACUCACUUAUGUAAGUAGCUUUAUAUAUUGUCUAUAGGCAAAAUGAAGAUACUGCUAUAGAUGCCUACUCCGUACAAACAUGUAUCUGUUGAUUAAAUGCACCAUGGUGUGCUCUAUCUGUUCUGAUAUACAGUACUGCUCUCUUUUAGAUUUAGUUUAGUUAGAGAGUGCAGUAUACAUUUUAUUUCUUGGAUGUGUGGUGCUAGGUUACUUUUGUCAGCAGGCCCUUGAGAUGUUGAGACUACGCCACCCUGUUUGUUUAUUUGAUUUCACAGAGUAUCUACACAUUAUUAUUGUUAAUAUGAGUAAUUAUGAUGAGUAAUGAUCAUAGUACAAUGCCUACCAUACCCAGCAUGCACCUGUAUCAGUGUGCUUGUCCUGGGGGAGACAAUUUCUUUUCUUUGUUCGUUUAAGUUUGUUAAAAGGCAAUAGCUUUGGAUUUUUAUACAGAACCUACAGCACCGGAGUUUCAAUAUAAAAAAAGAAAAAAAAGAUAUGUGUUUGUUUUGGGCUUAAAAAGCCGUAAUUGGUUGUGAUGUUUUUGAACUUUUGUCAGAUGUGAUUGUGAAACCUUUUGGUGCGACCCGAGGCUCAUGAUGUGGCCCAUGUCAACCAGCAUGGUGUUAAUAUCAAGCUUAAAUUUACACAGAACACAGAAUAUUCCAUUGCAUUUGGAGGGAGUGUCGACAGUGUUUUUGAAAACGGUUCAUUGUGGAUUCCACACAAAAGAAAAUGUAUCGGAAUUCAAUGAUACUUACAAAAUGUUUUUCUGAAUUUUAUAGGGACAUCUUGAAAAUGUAUAACAAGAAGUUCAAUUUGAGUUCAUUCUGGUUGACAUUUAACUUGCUUUAGUGCUCAGUUUUUAAUGCCAGAAAAAGGAUGAUAUAAUAUAAUAAAGGAAUGGACAAUCUAUUUCAUGUUUUAUUUUGUAAGAUUAAUUCAAUGUGUGUCUUUGUUCUUUUACGAUAAUAAGUCCUCAUAAGUUGGUGGAAAAAGGCACAAGCAACUCUGUUAAAUGAACAACCUGUGAUUUUAAAUGAAGAUCCAGUUCAGUGGUUUGGUCACAUAUAAAUUUCAUAUAUUUGCAACUGAUUUUGAAAUGAUGACAUUGGGACGUACCUUUUUACCCAGCUCUUUUGAACUCUUAUCACUUUAGUUGUCUUCGCGAGAACAACUCUGUCCGUCACCUCAUUCAUUCAAGUAUUUUGAUUUAUUUUGUAAAUACAACUGUAAAGAAAAUAAGAACAUUUUAAUGUUGUCUUUUAAAUACUUUUCAUUCUAAUAUGAUUAUUGUUAUAUUGUACUUAGAAACUGUACCUUUUAAUAUGACCUUCAUCAAAGGUGCAUUGGACACAUCGAUUUUUGAUGUGUAUAAUGUAUUGUUAUCCCAUAAUAAAAUGACAGCUUGUAAAAAAGAA